AUGAUCUCGAAGGACGACCUCAUCGCGCUGAUUGAUGCGGACCGCGAAUCCCACUUGCACUUCCUGCAGUCUCUCAUACAAACCCCAUCGCCGAAUCCUCCAGGAGAUACUCAGAAAGCCAUAUCGGUCGUCAAAGAUUUCCUCGACGCACAGAGCAUCUCGUCGGAGAUCAUCGCCCCGAAGAAAGAAUCCCCCAAUCUGGUCAGCAUAUUCCACGGCGACGUUGAAGGCAAGGGCAAGCAGAGAAGCAUUGCUCUCAACGGGCACAUCGAUCAAUUCCCGGUGGGAGAUGCAGACCGCUGGCUCAAAGAUCCAUACUCCGGCGACAUCGAAAAUGGCUUCGUCCACGGCCGGAGCGGCGUCGACAUGAAGGCAGGAACCGCGGCUUCGAUCAUCGCCUUCUCGUACCUGCAUCGCCACCAAGCCCAGCUUACAGGCCGAUGCGUGCUUGAAGUCGUAUCUGAUGAGGAGACUGGUGGCAAAUGGGGAACGCGAUACCUUAUCGAAGAGGACGAGCGUCUUGACCAAUGGAGGGCGGAUUGCAUCCUCAUCGGCGAACCUUCUGGACUCCAAAGUAUACGCUUUGGUGAGAAAGGAACUUUGCGCCUCACGUUCACCGUCACAGCCCUGGGCUUGCAUGGCGCUUAUAUCCACCGCAGUGAAGGCGCCAUCAGGAUCGCAAGUCGCUUGAUUGAAAGGCUCGUGGGUCUCGAGAAGCUUACCAAUAUUGGCAUGAAUGAGGAUCUCAAGGAAUACAUGCAGCGGCCAGAGGUACGAAAGGUGGCUGAUGAGAUCAUGGGCAAGGGAGCAGCAGACGCCAUGCUCAUUCCAACAGUGAACAUCGGGACAAUCAAAGGAGGCGACAAGAUCAAUAUGAUCCCGUCGGAAACCAUCUUCGAGGCCGACAUCAGAAUUCCGAUUGGCGUGAAGACGGAGACGAUUCGGGACUGUAUUGACGAUGUCUUGAAGGACUUCCCUACUACGAAGUAUUCCAUUCACGAAAACCACUCACACAUAUCCACGCACAGUCAGCCACAUCACGAACUCGUCACUUUGCUGCAAGAGAACGCUAGCAUCGCUGGUGGGACGAUACCAUAUCCCAUCUGCUCGCUGGGCGCUACGGACUGCAAGCACUUCAGGAGAAAUGGCAUUCCUGCAUACGCACUUGGUCCCAGCCCAAAUGGUAUGGCUGAGAGAGACGAGAAGGUUAGCAUUGAUGACUUCUUGUAUCUGGUGAAGGUGCACACAUUGGCAGCGUGGGACUAUCUGGGAGGAUCAAAGUGA